UCGCGAGACAAGAGAACGCGCUAAUCGUUCGUUAAUACAGUGCUGUGCUUUUAUUUUAGUGACAGUGGAUAUUAACCAGACCGAAUUUCUGCUAGCAUUAAGGUUUUAGAUUAGGUAACGAUGUCGAAGGUCGAACGAAAAGAGUUUCAAGAAACGAGCAUACGACGAACGGUAUCGCCGAUUCGAUCGUCCCAGCAAAAUUUAUCGCAAUUCGAUAGCAACUUAGAUUAUCUGCUUGAAGAUCUGCAAAAUUCCGUAUCUAGGCCGGGCAGCUCCUUGGGAUACCACACCGCGAGCAGAUCUUCCAACACUUUGGAGUCGAACCGCACCAACUCCCUUAACAGAAUCACCCCGUUAAAGUCGUCCAAUCCUGUCACGGAGUAUUCUUCUGAUGACGCUUACACUUAUACGACUCCCGACGGAAGAAAAGUAAAGGAAUACAAAAAAGAAAAGUAUCAGAUGUACAAAUCAAGCGGAGGAAGCGAUGUGACGGAUAAAGGUAGAAUGCAGAGUAGCAUCAAUCAACUCGAUUCCUUACUCGAUGAUUUGCAGCAAGUGAAAAAGUCGUCAUCUUCGUACACCGAAAGAGAAACGUACACUGGCGCUGAUCCAGCCUUUCAAAACAAGACAACAAGCGUAAAUCGCGAACUGCACUAUGGAGACACGCCGAACCGGUCCAGAUCCACAGAAAGAUCAACGGAAGUCAAAAAGUACUCCUCAGAAGGUACUUAUGGUGACUUGAGACCAAUCCGGCCAAUUUCUCCAUCGUCGAGGACCUCGACCCUCUCCAAGCAAACGAAGGUGACCAACGUGCAGAAAUACCCGAUGGAAGUGGUGGAAACCAUCCACCCCGACAUCGACCCGGACGUCUUGGCACAUUUGGACCCCAACCUGCGACCACCAGGCAACACGAAAGUGACCACCACCAUAAAAACGUACACGUACGAGAUUCCCGGUUCGGGCGAUUACCCAACCAACCUGAAAUCCGACACUUCCGUCGACGAAAAGUACAUUUACUCCCCGAAUAAAUCCAUCACGACGCCGAGCAAAAGUUUUGUGUACCAGAAAACCGAGAACCAAGAGAACACCGUUUACAGGCCGGAGCCGAAAUGGCAAACCACCAAGCAGUACUACAAAGAUUCCCAGAUGGAACACGUUGAAAAAUAUGCGCCACCUGCGGCGCCCAUUUCACCCGCCACCACCGUGGUUAAAGAGGUGGUGACCACCAGGAACUACCAACCCGGUUACAUCCCAGAACCGCAACCGCCAACCGAGAGGACUUAUCUCUACAACGAAACCACCUCCACGAAGAAUAUCAACGGGUACCCCCAGGAACCGCCCAGACACGAAACAUACAUCAUCAAGGACACCAGGAACACCACCACCAACAACAGGACCCUGCCUUACUCCGAUAGACCAGAUUACCCAGUUGGUAAUCCACCAAAUGAAACUUACAUAUACAAAGAAUCAAACACCACAAAUCGUGUUGUUAAUCCGCCUUACACAAAUGGAUAUCCACCGAGCACAGAUAAAACUUACAUUUACAAACAUGAGAGUACCACCACCAACAAUUAUGGACCUGGAGGACCACGAACAGGUCCGCCGCCGUCGGGCAGGCCAAAAACUCCGGUCGACGUCGACACUUUCGACCCCAAAAACCCGCCGUACGGGCGCAAACCCAACGAACCCGUCAACAUCACCUACAAAUACACUUCCAACAGCACCACUUCGAACAACUACAAGGGCGGCUACCCGGACGACGAGGGCCCGAACUUGAGGCCGAAAAAAUUCCCCACUGACGACGAAAUCGUCGAUUCUGGGCCGCCGAAGAGACUCGACGAUCUCAUGGCCACCAUCGGAAGAGAGCCACCGAAUAGUCCGUUAAACUCAGGAUUUAAUCAGCAUGAAGACGAGCUGGCUACACAAAGGAAGGUGGACACUUUGAAGAGGCAACAAGAGGAAGCGGACGAACAAAAAAAGGAGCCCGUCAUGAAGGCUAAGAAUGUUUCUGGGCCCCCUGUAUAUUACCCACCCGGACACGAGAUGUUCGCCAAGAAGGAGGAAAGUCAGGCUGGAUGGAGAGCAGAGGGUGGUUAUGCAAAGGGCAAAGGAAUGUAUGAAUACGAGGCCAGCAGCAAGAGUAAAUCGAAAAGUAAAUCAGGUGCCACGGUCGUUCCAGUUUGCCUUCCUUUGUGUUGUGGAUUACCAUGUGCUUUACUGUAAAUAUAAUUUUAAAAUGCUCAAUUAAUAUUUGACGACGAAUUCUCAAGUGCCUUAAUUAUAGUUUUAAACAAGCCACACAUGAUUAUCCAUAAAGCCUUAUUAUCUAUAUACCUCAAAUUAAUCAAAUUUAAUUUUUAUAUUUAAUAUUAAGGGCAGCAAGUGGCAACUUAUUAAUGUAUAAAUGUAAUGUAUUUAAUUUAAACUGUAAAUAAAUAAAACUUCCCUAUAGGCAGCUUUUUGUAAACAUUUAUUAAUAAUGAUCUUAACAAUAAGUUAACAGAAUAAUUGUAUUUAUUUAGUACUUCUUGCCUUAACAAAUACACAUGACUAACUGUAAAAAUGUAUUUUAUUAUAAAAAAUAAAUUGUCACACUACAAAGGCGUUUUACUUCUCUCCUGUACCAACCCUAAAAGCGCGCAGUCUGCUUCCAACAACGUUAGAUCUUUUUCAAAGCCGAGAAACCUUGUCGACAACUCCAAUUCUUUUAUCAUCAAUCGUACCUUACUGCCUCUUACAUAACUUUCACCAUUUUUCUUUGGCCUAGGACAAACGCAAUGAAACUUCCAACCAAAGUCCACGUACAAGUCAUCGUCAACAAUGUGGAAUAUUUUACCUAUAACAACUUUGCCUUCCGGAUCCCCCAACUAAAAUAAAAAAAUAAAUUGAUCAGAUGUACAAACUAUGAAUUAAACUCACAUCUAUAAACUUUGAGUGCCUCAAUAAAGAAGCAAACGUCUCCAACUUGACUUCAGGUUUCUUUUCCUUCAAAUCUUCAAAUUUAUCGAACGCCUGAGCAUAACCUCCCUGCGUUGGAACUCUGUCUGUAGCAUCUGCAUCCGAUGAAAAUAAAGCCGAACCCGUUUUAAUACUGCUUUUGUACGCUUUUAGUUUGCUUAUAUUGCGAAUUAAAGUCAAAGAAGCGAACAUUUUGAUUUUUAUAACCUAGAAAUAUCAUGUGUCAA